CCUCAGUUGGUCAGGUCAGCAACACCACUCUUCUGAUCACUAGGUUACUGUUCUGGAGUGCCCAUUCAGCGGCGACUAACUCCUUCUUUCGAUUGUCUGUUGCUCUUCGCUGACACAUUGGCCCUGGUAGUAGGUCUGCUGCAAUGGCGACUAAGCUUCUCGCGUCGGUCCCUUUGGCCAAGGCGGCGUCGAAUGUAGAUGAGUUCGAGAAGCUACGAAGCAACUCCUUCAUUCAGCGGACAGCCAGGAGUUUGACGAUCAUUCAGGCUGCUUGCAUCGUCGUCUUCGUGAUAGUUAUGGGUUUCGGAGUCAUGAGACAUGGAGGGCCAACGCAAAGUGCGGUGGGCGCUUCCUCCGACAUGGAUGCCACGACGUGGGGCGGAUCCGUGUGGGAAGAUCAAGUCAGGUCAUCCGCGGCUACUCGCGGAAGUGGGAUGGUGGUGCUCGUGACAGGCGCCGCAGGAUUCGUUGGCUCGCACACGUCGCUGGCUCUGAAGAAGAGAGGCGAUGGCGUCGUUGGAAUAGACAAUUUCAACAACUACUAUCCCGUCGCCCUCAAGCGCGCCAGACAGGAGCGGCUACUAGCUAAUGGAGUGUUCAUAGUAGAGGGCGACAUCAACGAUCAGCGUCUUUUGGCCAAGCUCUUCGAGAUCGUCGGGGUCACGCAUGUUCUUCAUCUUGCCGCUCAGGCCGGUGUGCGGUACGCCGUUCACAAUCCACUGGCGUACGUUCAGAGCAAUGUCAACGGGUUUGUCACCCUUCUUGAAGAGAUUAAGAAAGCUGACCCGCAGCCUGCAGUUGUCUAUGCGUCGUCGAGUAGCGUAUACGGUUUGAACUCUAAAGUGCCGUUUUCUGAAGAGGAUCGGACGGACCGGCCUGCAAGCUUGUACGCCGCCACUAAGAAAGCGGAUGAGGUCCUGGGACACACCUACAAUCACAUCUACGGCCUCUCCAUCACUGCUCUUAGAUUCUUCACUGUCUACGGCCCAUGGGGUCGCCCAGACAUGGCGUACUUCUCCUUCACACGGAACAUCAUGGACGGAAAGCCCAUCAAGAUCUUCCGCGGACCCAAGGGGGAGGAGCUGGCUCGCGACUUCACGUUCAUUGACGACGUGGUGAAGGGCUGCCUCGCCUCGCUCGACACCGCCUUGCCGAGCGUCGGCAGCAAGGGGAAGCGGCGAAAGGCUCAGUUCCGGGUGUACAAUCUCGGGAAUACCCAGCCGGUUAAGGUUGGGGAUUUCGUUAGCAUCCUGGAGAAGCACCUGGAGGUCAACGCCAUUAGAGAGGUUGUUCAAAUGCCAAGCACUGGGGAUGUAAUGUUCACGCAUGCCAAUGUGACAAGAGCAAAGAAUGAUCUUGGAUAUAGCCCAUCCACAGAUCUUGAAGUGGGACUGAAAAAGUUCGUGGAUUGGUACCAGGUUUACUACAAGAGAGGCAGCAGCCACGAGCAAUCACUGCAAGGAUACAAGCCAUAUUGAUGCUCGCAGAUGAUGGAUGCAGCAUUGACACACCACUAAUUGAUUUGUGUAGGUCACUGACUGACACUUCUGCAGCGAGAUUGUCUUCAGCUGUGUUGGGCUGAGAAAAGCCCUUAGGAUCUUUGCAGAGACUAAGUCCCAGCUGUAGAGACUUGAGACUUGGAGUAGUGCAGCGGAAGUUGAGACAGUUGAACCCUUGUACUAGUAUGUGAGAACAAGUGAUU